GCUAUAUGCUCGCACACGGCUCUUUGGCUCUCGGCUCGCCUAUACGGGCGCCCAGUUAGUUCGAGUCUGUUAGUUCAUGCAGUCGGGUAUCGUAGCCUCUACAACUGUACAUACUCACACACGCUCGCAUUAACACACACCCAUACGUAUAUAAUUUAUAUAUGUUAUACAGUCGGCGUUUACAUAUAUAUAUGCACGCGCAUACCGAUUUUCGUCGCUCUCGUCUCGUUUAAAAUUUGUGCCUGGUGUUUCGUUACGUGCUCUUGAGCCGUAUAUAUAGAACAUACAUAUAUACGCAUCGAGUGUGCAGUGAGUGCCACGCGUGACACUUGGUUGACAGAGAGACGAAAAGAGCCAGUGACUCCAGCAACUUUCGGCUGAUACAGCAUUUUUGAUUUGUUUAUUAUAAAUAAGGAAGAAGCUCAAUUUACCAUGGCUUCCGCAAAAGACACAGCCGUGUUCUUCGCUCAAGGUACACCCGCUCAGUUCGAGUACGUGCUGAAGCUCUAUCCGCAAGCUCUGCGCUGCAAGGCCGAGGGUCACAAGUCCCGUAAGGCCGAGGAAUUGAUCAAGCUCGAUAAUUGGUACCAAAAUGAACUUCCUAAGAGAAUCAGAUCACGAGGAAAAGAUGCUCAUUUAGUACAUGACGAACUGGUGCAGUGCAUGAAAUGGAAGCAAACGCGUGGCAAGUUUUACCCGCAACUGUCAUACCUGGUGAAGGUGAAUACACCGCGUGCCGUCAUGGCUGAAACCAAGAAGGCUUUCAAGAAACUGCCCAACCUCGAGCAGGCCAUUACUGCUCUUUCGAAUCUCAAAGGUGUCGGUACCACCAUGGCUUCGGCUCUUUUAGCCGCUGCCUCGCCCGAACACGCUCCCUUUAUGGCUGACGAAUGCCUGAAGGCUAUUCCAGAUAUUGAAGGAUACGAUUAUACUACCAAGGAAUACUUGAACUUCGUUCAACACAUCCAAACCGUCGUUGACAGGCUCAAUCAACAGAAUACAAAUGGCACUGUUUGGAGCCCACACAGCGUUGAAUUGGCAUUAUGGACGCAUUACAUUGCCAACGAAAUGAAGCCCGAGCUACUAACUGGCAUUCCUGAUGCCGAUGCCGUUCCAAUCGGAGUCAACGGCAAUACUGAGAAUGGCACUUCAACGAACGGCGAUCAGCCAUCUGACGAUAGCAAUCAAGCCUCUGAAGUAAUACCCGCUGAAGAAAAAAAAGAAACGACAGACGGUAAACCAGCUGUCGCGACGACAAACGGAAAUGCUGCUCCAGUAGCUGCCCUUGAUGAAAACAGUACCACAACUUCGUUCAACGAGGAUUCGCUUGACAGGACGAACUCACCAAAUGCGCCCGUCGUCACUGAAAACAACGUCAACAACGUUGUGAGUGAAGACACGACAAACGAUUCGAUUGCCACUAAUGACAGCAGCAACAGUAACCCAGCGACGACGCCAAGGCCGACCGACGAAGAAAGCGAGCCCACCGAGGGGGACGAUUCUCAGGAUAACGUAUCUGAACCACCAACAAAGAAACUCAAACAGUGACCUGUGUCAGUUCACACUGGCUAAUUAGACAGCAGCAUCACCAUCGGCACCGUGUAACUAUAAGGUUGAAGAUUCACCGCGAUGAUGACGAUUUUCAAACUCAUGUGAAAAGCCAGAUCCGAUGAAACAAGCUUGUCAUACACAACAGAGACUAAUAACAAAACAUGAAUGUCAAAGAAUGCUUAAACUUAUACAUUAAAAACGCCUGCCAGAAAAUGUGCGUAUGAGCGACUUUUAAUAUAAUGGCUACAUGAAAUGAAAUUCACAAAAGUGGUAGAUAAUAGUAACGAUUGGAAGUAAAAGAGUGGACUCUUUUAUGGUAUAUACAAAGCCUCUCAGACGUAGUAUGGACAAUUUUUUUCAAAACGAUAGGAGAUCGUUGAUUAAAUGAAUAAAUAUAGAUUAUAUAUAUAUGAAUUAU